AGUGCGAAUCGCCGCGUGGACGAUAAUAUGGGAAGAUUCUGAAUUUGAUUGCAAUUUGUUAAAUUGUUCGUUAAAAAUGGAUUCAGCGUUGAAAGAAGUUGGAAUCCCAUCGAGUUCGGACCUCAGGGAAGCUUUGCAAAAUUCCAACGACCCGAUGCAGGCAAUUGAGGACUUUCAGAAUCAAAAUGCUAUGGUUUUACCCUCGUUAAGAGCCGCCUUGUCCCUAUUGGAUUUGCAUGGAAUUCGCCGUUCGACUUUUCAUCAGUGCUUGAUAGAAGAACUCAAAGAAAAACUUAUUAAUAAAAUUCGAAAUUUAGGGGAUAGUGAAGAUGAACAAGUAUGCAAGCAGUUGCAACAAAUUGUAGCUAAAUCCUGGCCAAUUGUCAGGAUCCCUAUACUACAACCUAUUGUAAUGGCAGCGUUAAGGCAACUAGGGUCCCGGACAGAGCCAAAAAUUUUAAAUGAAAUCGUAAACAGUCCCGAUUUAUAUGCUGUCGCUCCUGUGGAGUUAAAACGAGCUGUUUGGACAAAGGACGAAGAAAGAUUCGGCGAAGAAAUUUAUCCUUUACUUUCUUCUUAUACUAAAUGGUGCGAUGAGGUUCUCUCCUCUACUGUUUGUGUGUUAACUCAAAAUCCAAAAACAAGAAGAGAGCCGUUAGCUGAAGUUGUUAAAAUGUUAGGGGAUAAUAUUCAACUUUAUGAUCAGACUUUAACUCUCUUGAGAUCACUUUAUGUUCGAACGAAAUCACCUCAUUAUUGUACACUAAGAGGUCAACUUUUAAUGGCUUUGCAUGACAACGAUCGCUCACUCAUUGUAUCACGCGAUCCUUGUCAUAAAUUUGCAUGGUGCGUGGAUGCUUGCGUUCGAGAGCGUUAUGUUUCGGAUAAGAGGUGUGCAGAGUUGAUAGCAUUUGUUGACUCAGUGAGAAGAGGACACGAAGAAGUUAUAGCUGAUCUAGCUUUAGUUUUAGCAGAUCCGUAUUGUUUACACUCUUUAGCUUCAACGGUGUUAACAGUGUUAAAUUCUCAGCUACAGUCAUGUUCAUUACCAAGAGAAGACAAUCAUAUCCUAUCUUUAAUUAGGUUACUUUUAUUGGCAAUGAAUGCUUGGAGAUUAUUAUCUGAAGAAGAAGCAAUGGUAGUUAAUCCAGAUCCCUCAAUAAUUGUUCACUUUCUACCAAUGAUACAAGUUGUAUGUGCCGAUGACGAAUUUCGCCUUUUAAAAUCGAAAUAUCUACAUUCUACUGUUAAUCCUGACAACAUACCAGCUGUUCUAGUCGCGGCAGCCAAUGCCGAACCCCUUUGUUCCCUCUUCCUGUUACAUUUAGCCGUCUUUCAGGCUGAGAGACAAGAUAGUCAGGGAGCAGCAAGGACAGUUUGUAUACUCUCAAAAUGUGGAAAUGACUGCUUCAAAGCCAGCUGGUUACACGUUUUAACUUGUGCCUUAGCAAAAAAUAGCGACGUUUUGGCUUGCGAAAGAAGAUUCCAACAAAUUGUGGAAGAUUUUUAUUUAGCGAAAAAGGAUGCGGGUUCAGAAUUUGACCAUGUCUUGAUGCAGCUAUGCUCUUUACUUCUUAAGGUUGGCCACAGGGCACCUUCAGCCAGACUUGCAGAAGUUAUCGAUAUUAUCUUAUCGAAAGUCAGUGACACUAAAAUCAAAGAACAACUUGAGGGUUUAAGAUCAAAGAUCUCUAUAGAAGUAACUGAAUCUAAAUCUCCUACAGUUUAA